AUGGCGCCGCGUCUCAUCAGAGCCAGCGCCCAGCGGCUCUUGCACAGCCGCCGCCGCCUGUCGACCAUCGACUACGACUCCUUCCUGAGCGCGCGGUCCCUGCGGCGGCGGCCGAGCGCGAUUCGCGCGCUGCAGCCCCUGCUCGCGGAGCCGGGCAUGAUCUCCCUGGGCGGCGGCAUGCCCCACGCGUCGACGUUUCCGUUCGAAUCCUUGACCGUACGAUUGAAACGCGGCAAGUCCUUCGCCGUCGACGGCGCGGCGCUCGAGGCCGCGCUCCAGUACGGGCCGACGCGCGGGUCGCCCGGCCUGAGCGCGCACCUCGAGGCGCUCCAGCGCUCGGAGCACGGCGCCGCAAACAGCAUGAUCUGCGCGACGACGGGCUCCCAGGACGCGCUGGCCAAGGCCUUUGAUCUGUUCACGGGCGAGGGCCAGCCGCCCGUGCUCGUCGAGUCGCCCACGUACUCCGGGAGCUUGGCGUACCUGCAGCCGACGGGGGUACCGCUCGUCGGCGUGCCCACGGACGGCGGCGGCCUCGAUCCGCAGGCACUCGACGCCAUCUUGCGGCACUGGGACGACGACGGCCCACGGCCCCGCGUGCUCUACACGAUCCCGGUGGGCGGGAACCCCACGGGCGCGUCGCUCUCGCUGGAACGGAAGCGCGAGAUCUACGGCAUCGCGAGGGAAUUCGACCUCAUUUUGCUGGAAGACGACCCCUACUACUGGAUGCAGUUCGGCGGCGAGCGCACGCCGUCGUUCCUGUCGCUGGACGCGGACCAGCGCGUGCUCCGCUUCGACUCGUUUUCCAAGUUGCUGAGCAGCGGCAUUCGCGUGGGCUUCUGCACGGGCCCGCCGCGGCUCGUCGAGCGCAUCGAGCUCCACGCCCAGGCCUCCGUGCUCCACGGCUCCGGCGUGAGCCAGGCGCUAGUCUCCGGCCUCUUCGACGCCUGGGCGGAGGAGUACCCCUCGGCCGUCGCCGGCUUCGAGGCGCACUGCGCGGCCGUCGCGUCGUUCUACGAAACGCGGCGCGACGUCUUCCUCCGCGCCGCGGAGGCGCACUUGACGGGGCUCGCGGACUGGACGGUGCCGACGGCGGGCAUGUUCGUCUGGCUCCGGCUGCGGGGCGUCGACGACGCGGACGCGUUCGUGAAGUCGAAAUGCCGCGACGCGAAGGUGCUGCUGGUGCCGGGCCAGUCCUUCGACCCCCACGACGCGCCGUCGCCCUACGUCCGCGCGGCGUUCUCGACGGCGUCCCACGAGGACAUCGAGGUGGCUGUGGAGCGGUUCGCGGGGCUGCUGCGGGAGGUCGCGUGA